AUGGAUUCAUCAAAUACAUUUAUUGAAAUUUUCAAACGUAACAAAGCAGUUGAUACAAAUUCAAUUCCAUCUGAAGUUGAUAUUCAUUUAACAUCACAUGGUAGUUCAUGGUUAUGGGCUGCUUUUGCAUUGUUUGCCCUUUUUGCAAUUGUUCAUGGUUUUAUUUAUUCAUUAGUUUCAGUUCGUAAAUCUGGUCUAAAAAAAGCAUUAUUGACAAUUCCACUAUUUACUAAUUCAGUUUUGGCUUUUGCUUACUAUACUUAUGCUUCAAAUUUAGGUUAUACAUGGAUUCAAACUGAAUUUCAUCAUGUUACAACUGAUUUAGGUUAUGAUAAUAGACAAAUUUUCUACUUAAAAUUUGUUGCUUAUUUUUUAGCUUGGCCAUUAGUUUUAACCUUAUUUUUAAUUAAUACAAAUACUUUAUUAAGUGAAGAUCAUGAAGAUUUAAUUAAAAAAUUUAUAACAAUUAUAUCACAAAUUUUUACAAGAGUUUUAGCAAUUGAAGUUUUUGUAUUGGGUUUAUUAAUCGGUGCUUUAAUUAGAACAAGUUAUAAAUGGGGUUAUUUUACAUUUGCAGUUGUUGCUCAAUUAUUUGUAAUUUAUCUUGUUUGUUAUGAUUUAAAUAGAUCAUUUGCAAGUGCAAAUAGAAAUUUGUUGGCAAAUUUAAUAAUUAUAUUCACUGUAAUUCCAUGGAUUUUAUAUCCUGUUGCUUGGGGUUUAUCUGAAGGUGGUAAUGUAAUUCAACCAGAUUCAGAAGCUGUCUUUUAUGGUAUUUUAGAUUUGAUUACUUUUGGUAUUGUACCAAUUUGUUUAACUUGGAUUGCAAUUAAUGAUAUUGAUGAAGAUUUUUUUACCAAAAUCUGGCAUUUCCAUUUAAGAGAUGGUGGUAGAGCUGAUGUUGUUGAUGAAAAAGAAGUUGUUGAAGAAACUCCAAGACAUUCUGGUGACACUGCUGUUCCUCCAAGUGGAGUACCUGUUACUGCUGAAGAACCACUUCGUGAAGAAACUGUUUAA